ACGUAGCAAUAAGACCCUCAAAACCCUAAUCCUCUUACUCUCUCCCCUAUAAAGAUUCGCAUCGACUAAUCUUUCAGUGGUUUCUUCGCUGUGUAUUCAUCGCCGCUGCAGAGAUUUUCCUCAACGAAGCACCCAACCAUGGUUGCCGCCAAGAAGACCAAGAAGACUCAUGAGAGCAUCAACAACAGGCUUGCUCUCGUCAUGAAGAGUGGCAAGUACACCUUGGGCUACAAAACAGUCCUCAAAUCUCUCAGGAACUCCAAAGGGAAGCUAAUUAUUAUUGCCAACAACUGCCCUCCUCUAAGGAAAUCUGAGAUUGAAUAUUAUGCCAUGUUGGCUAAGGUUGGAGUUCAUCACUACAAUGGGAACAACGUAGACUUGGGGACUGCAUGUGGAAAAUACUACAGAGUAUGCUGCCUUAGCAUUAUUGAUCCAGGUGAUUCGGAUAUCAUUAAGAACAUGCCUGGUGAACAUUAAGUAGCCCAUAUGAUCUGUAACAGGUCUUAGAUUUUGGUCGAUCUUUUUUUGUUUGUUUAUUUUUCCAUUUUGUUUUUGGGUUUGGCCGUGAGGAAUAGCACUAGUGGUGGCAAACUUUCAAUGUUCUAAGUUUUAACUAGGAAAACAAUACUAAACAUGUUGAAUGCUCUGCUUCAUUUAUGGUACGUGAUUGCUUUAUUGUGACUUAA